AUGCUCAAAAAAUCAAACUUGUUAAUUACAACUCCUCUGAAACUUCGAGAUUUCUCAACAUGCGUGCCGAAAGUUCCUCUUUCUCAGGCUCUACUCGGUUUCACUCCAACCUUCAGUUCGACUCCCUCAUCAAGGAAUUCGGCAGUGAUUAUAACCAAGCUAGGCAAUGGCUUAACGGUUGCUUCACAGAACAAGUUCGGAAUGCAUUGCACGAUUGGAGGUAUGAGGAAUGUGUAUGAUCUACUUUUAGCUAUGCUGAGGGCUGGGCCCCGCUAUGAAAGUGGAACUGUCUCUGGUGUGUCGCAUUUUCUUGAAAAGCUUGGUUUUCAUUCUACUGACAGAUUUAGGGACCGAGAUCAUAUCCAAUCCAAAAUGGAAUCGUGCAACGCCAUUUUCGACUGUCAGAUAUCUAGGGAUUUCAUCGUUUACGCCAUUUCGGGAUUGAAUAAGCAUCUUGUUGACCUCGUUAAUGUCCUAUCAGAAACUACUUUGCGUCCAAAAAUCACCAAAAAUGAAGUUGACAUGGCGGCCCGUGCCAUUGGAUUUGAGUUGUCUAGUUUGGAAAUGGCGCCACCUACGGAACCCAUCCUCAACGAUCUUCUCCAUUCCGCUGCAUUUCACGGCUGCAAUACCCUUGGUUUUCCCCGUUAUUGUCCAGCUGAAUCAAUCGACAGCAUAUCGCGUCGUGAAAUCAUGCAAUUCAUGGCCUCCUACUACCGGCCUGAACGCAUGGUUGUAGUUGGCGUUGGAGUGGAUCACAAUGAUUUUGUCAACUUAGUUGAGUCGUCGUUUGUGCCGUGGGAGACCAGUUAUGGUCUGGAGGUACCCAAGGAGGAUCGUCUCACAGUGGAUGAUUCUUUGCCCGUCUAUAGUGGUGGUGAAAUCACCGUACGUUUGCUCAUGAAAUUGGCGUAA